UCGGAACACCUCCUCAGCGGGCAGGGCUUCCCUGGAGAGGUCCAGCUCAUCCAUUACAACCAGGAUCUGUACGCCAACUACACCGAGGCCGCCAAGAGCCCUCACGGUAUCGCCGUGGUCUCCAUAUUCAUUAAGCUCUCCGAAAACUCCAACGCCUUUCUGAACCGCAUGCUGAACAGAGAUACCAUCACCAGAAUCAACUACAAACAUGACGCCUUCUUAUUGAUGGGUCUGAACAUCGCCGACCUUUACCCUGACACCACCCGCUACAUCACCUACGAGGGCUCCAUCACCGUCCCUCCCUGCUACGAGACGUCCACGUGGAUCGUCAUCAACAAACCCGUCUACGUGACGCAGAUGCAGAUGCACUCCCUGCGCCUCCUCAGCCAGAACGAACCCUACAAGAUCUUCAUGAGCAUGAGCGACAACACGCGGCCCCCGCAGCCGCUGCUGCAGCGCUGCAUCAGAACCAACAUCAACUUCAGCAAACAGGGCCGCGACUGCCCCAACAACAGGGCCCUGCGCCCCCAGUACAGAGUGAACCAGUGGCUCCUGAAGUAGGACAGAGCGUCUCCAGCUGCGGCGCCGUCCGAGGACAGACAGAAUGAUUCAAACGUAAAGGCCGCGGUGUGAGGAGGUCCAGCUGGUGGAGCUGAAGGAACAUCUGACAGACUGUGUGAGCACAGCUGAGCUCCACAGACCAAACUCUCUCUCAGACUCUGCUGUGGUGGUCUCCUGCACGUCCAGGCUCCAGGCUCGGUGUAGACCAGCACAGCCAGGCUCCAGAUCACACUCAGCUUUCUUUCUUUUCGUUCGUUUCUUUCUUUGACUCUCGGAGACGGAGCACCUGUACAGACUCUCAUCCAUUCUCUUCGUCAGAGGAACCGUGUGAGACCCAGAGUGUCGCUGUUGGUCGACUGUGGUCACGUGUCUACGUCUGAUUAUCGGCUACAAGGCAAUAAUGAGCAGGGAUUAUUACGUUAUAGCUGACGGGUGUAGCA